UUCUGCCGCCGGCGCCAGCACGUCCUGUUUUCUUUCGUUGGCCGCGCUGGAAUGGCAGCCUGUGCUGUAGCUGCUGCCACCUCUUAGAUUGGAUUCUCGCCUGGCGCGCCCAGGGCAGCGCAGCUUCCUGCUUUGUCCCGUUCGCUGGCGAGUCGUCCCUCAGGGCCUCGGCUUUCGCGCGGCCAGGAGCAUGGGCCGGGAGUCGCGCCACUAUCGGAAGCGAUCAGCAUCACGAGGACGCUCUGGAAGUCGAUCUAGAAGUCGCUCACCCUCAGACAAAAGAAGUAAACGUGGAGAUGACAGACGGUCUAGAAGUAGAGAUAGAGACAGAAGGCGAGAGAGAUCCCGUAGCAGGGAUAAAAGAAGAUCUCGGUCAAGGGACAGGAAGCGUCUGAGGCGUUCCAGAAGUAGAGAGAGGGACAGAAGCCGAGAGCGGAGACGAUCUCGCAGUAGAGACAGGAGACGCUCAAGGAGUAGAAGCCGGGGCCGGCGAUCCCGAUCCUCCAGUCCUGGCAAUAAAAGCAAGAAAGCUGAGAACAGAUCUAGGUCCAAAGAGAAAACAGAUGGUGGGGAAAGUUCUAAAGAGAAGAAAAAAGACAAAGAUGACAAAGAAGAUGAAAAAGAAAAAGAUGCUGGCAACUUUGACCAGAAUAAACUGGAAGAAGAAAUGAGAAAGCGAAAAGAACGAGUAGAGAAAUGGCGUGAAGAGCAACGUAAAAAGGCCAUGGAAAACAUAGGGGAACUUAAAAAGGAAAUUGAAGAGACCAAACAAGGGAAAAAAUGGAGUUUAGAGGAUGAUGAUGGUAUAUUUAAGUCUGGGCCAACAGUUACAAAAGUUGUCACUGUUGUGACCACAAAAAAAGCAAUUGUAGAUGCUGAUAAGAAGAAAGGUGAGCUGAUGGAGAACGAUCAGGAUGCCAUGGAGUAUUCUUCAGAGGAGGAAGAAGUUGAUCUUCAGACGGCCCUUACAGGUUAUCAGACAAAACAGAGAAAACUUCUAGAACCAGUUGAUCAUGGAAAAAUAGAAUAUGAACCAUUCAGAAAAAACUUUUAUGUUGAAGUCCCAGAACUAGCAAAAAUGUCUCAAGAAGAGGUGAAUGUAUUUCGAUUGGAAAUGGAGGGUAUUACAGUCAAAGGAAAAGGUUGUCCCAAACCAAUUAAAUCUUGGGUCCAGUGUGGAAUUUCCAUGAAGAUCUUAAAUUCCCUAAAAAAGCAUGGGUAUGAAAAGCCCACACCAAUCCAAACCCAAGCGAUUCCUGCUAUAAUGUCUGGACGAGAUUUGAUUGGCAUUGCUAAGACUGGAAGUGGAAAGACCAUUGCAUUUCUUUUGCCCAUGUUUAGACAUAUCAUGGAUCAGAGGUCAUUAGAAGAAGGAGAGGGGCCAAUAGCUGUCAUCAUGACUCCAACACGAGAACUGGCUUUACAGAUUACUAAAGAAUGUAAGAAGUUUUCAAAGACCUUGGGACUUAGAGUGGUCUGUGUUUAUGGAGGAACAGGAAUCAGUGAGCAGAUUGCUGAGCUGAAAAGAGGUGCUGAAAUUAUUGUUUGCACACCUGGUCGAAUGAUUGAUAUGUUAGCAGCUAACAGUGGCCGGGUCACGAAUCUUCGAAGAGUAACGUAUGUUGUUUUAGAUGAAGCAGACAGAAUGUUUGACAUGGGUUUUGAACCACAGGUUAUGCGCAUUGUGGAUAAUGUCCGUCCAGAUCGUCAGACAGUUAUGUUUUCAGCUACUUUCCCCAGAGCUAUGGAGGCUUUGGCUCGCAGAAUCCUGAGCAAACCCAUUGAAGUGCAGGUUGGAGGCAGGAGUGUGGUUUGUUCAGAUGUGGAACAACAAGUGAUAGUGAUUGAAGAAGAAAAGAAAUUCUUGAAGUUACUUGAGCUUCUAGGCCAUUAUCAAGAAUCAGGAUCUGUCAUUAUAUUUGUGGACAAGCAGGAACAUGCUGAUGGUCUUCUGAAGGAUUUAAUGAGAGCAUCUUAUCCUUGCAUGUCUCUUCACGGAGGCAUUGAUCAAUAUGACAGAGAUAGCAUCAUAAAUGACUUUAAGAAUGGGACUUGUAAACUUCUUGUGGCCACCUCUGUUGCUGCCCGAGGUCUAGAUGUGAAACAUCUGAUUCUUGUAGUAAAUUAUAGCUGCCCCAAUCAUUAUGAGGAUUAUGUGCACAGAGCAGGACGGACUGGAAGAGCAGGCAACAAGGGUUAUGCCUACACUUUUAUCACAGAAGAUCAAGCUCGCUAUGCUGGCGACAUAAUUAAAGCUCUUGAAUUGUCAGGGACUGCAGUGCCUCCUGAUUUAGAGAAACUUUGGAGUGAUUUCAAAGAUCAACAGAAAGCUGAGGGGAAAAUAAUUAAAAAGAGUAGUGGGUUCUCUGGUAAGGGAUUCAAGUUUGAUGAAACAGAGCAAGCUUUGGCUAAUGAGAGGAAGAAGUUACAAAAAGCGGCUCUUGGUCUGCAAGAUUCAGAUGAUGAAGAUGCUGCAGUAGAUAUUGAUGAACAAAUUGAAAGCAUGUUUAAUUCAAAGAAGAGAGUAAAGGAUAUGGCUGCUCCUGGAACAUCAAGUGUCCCUGCUCCAACUGCAGGAAAUGCUGAGAAAUUAGAAAUUGCUAAGAGAUUGGCUCUUAGGAUCAAUGCGCAGAAGAAUUUAGGCAUUGAAUCUCAGGAUGUGAUGCAACAGGCCACCAAUGCAAUUCUCAGAGGUGGCACCAUUCUGGCUCCCACUGUGUCUGCUAAAACCAUUGCAGAGCAGCUUGCUGAAAAGAUCAAUGCCAAGCUCAAUUAUGUGCCUUUGGAGAAACAAGAAGAAGAGAGACAGGAUGGAGGACAGAAUGAAUCCUUUAAGAGAUACGAGGAAGAAUUAGAGAUCAAUGAUUUCCCACAGACUGCCAGGUGGAAAGUUACUUCUAAGGAAGCUCUGCAGAGAAUCAGUGAAUACUCUGAAGCUGCAAUUACAAUCAGAGGAACGUAUUUCCCUCCUGGCAAAGAACCCAAGGAAGGAGAGCGGAAAAUUUACUUGGCAAUUGAAAGUGCCAAUGAACUGGCUGUGCAGAAAGCAAAGGCAGAAAUCACCAGGCUCAUAAAAGAAGAACUGAUCCGGCUGCAAAAUUCAUACCAACCAACAAAUAAAGGAAGAUACAAAGUCUUAUAAACAUCUGGGAAGAACUUUUCACCUGUUCUGGUCUGUGAUACAUGUGGUAAUUGUUGUCUGCAGUUAAAUGCGUUGUAAAUUAAGAUUUUUAAAAUUCUAUCUUGCUGAUUUUUUAAAUAUAAAAACAAGUAUUUGCUAAAGAAGUCUUCAGUCAGUAAGUACCCCUACAAUUAAUCAAACUAUAUUUAAAACAGGUCUGUUUUCAGAUUAUGAUGUCCUUUAAUGUAAAACUUAAAUAUCAAUAUUUUGAAUAUCUGGAUAAUAUUCUAGAGGUUUAAAAAUGGAAAUAUUUGGACUUUCUAUUAAAGGUAAUAAAGUACACAAGUUGCUAAGGGGCUAUUUACUUUAUCCUGUACUUUCAAUGAAAUUGUGAUCAUUUCCUGGGAAAGGUAAAAUUCACUGUCAUAUUUUAUAUACCCCCCCCCUUGAGCUUAAAUGUUACUUGAUUCAGUGGAACAACAUGAACCAGAUUUAAGAAUUUUGUAAUAGAAGUUUUACAAAAU